UUGGUCGGGGAGGGGGAGUGGAGGCACGGAGUUUCCCACAAUGCCCCGGUGCGGUGCAGCGGCGGAUGGAUGCUGCGGGAAGGGGCUGCCAUUUGCUGCCCCUGCCAGCGGCGCGCGGACCUGCUCGCUCUCCUGCGGUGGCGGCCGCCGCCCGCGCCGUCAGCCGGCCCGGCCUCUGCAGCGCCGCCGCCUCGGCUCCCUCCGCGGCCGCCGGAGCGGUCGCCAUGAACCCCAGCUCCUCGGCGGGAGAGGAGAAGGGGGCGACGGGCGGCAGCGGCGGCGGCGGAAGCGGCGCCGGGAGUUGCUGCCUGGGCGCGGAGGGCGGCGCGGACCCGCGGGGCGCGGGGGCAGCGGCGGCGGCGGCGGCGGCGGGGGCCGCUGCCCUGGAGGAGCCCGCGGCCGCCGGCGCGAAGGAGAAGGACGAGGCGCUGGAGGAGAAGCUCAGGAACUUAACUUUCCGGAAGCAGGUCUCUUACAGGAAAGCAAUCUCCCGGGCAGGCCUGCAGCACCUGGCUCCUGCACAUCCCCUCAGCCUUCCUGUGGCAAAUGGUCCAGCGAAGGAGCCCAGAGCGACUCUGGACUGGAGUGAGAAUGCCGUGAAUGGAGAGCACCUGUGGCUGGAGACCAACGUCUCAGGAGACCUGUGUUACCUGGGAGAGGAGAACUGCCAAGUCAGAUUUGCAAAAUCGGCCCUCAGGAGGAAGUGUGCGGUCUGUAAAAUCGUCGUCCACACCGCCUGCAUUGAACAGCUAGAAAAGAUUAAUUUCAGAUGUAAACCAACAUUUCGAGAAGGGGGCUCAAGAUCGCCAAGAGAAAACUUUGUGCGUCAUCACUGGGUGCACAGGCGUCGGCAGGAGGGAAAAUGUAAGCAGUGUGGUAAGGGCUUCCAGCAAAAGUUCUCCUUCCACAGUAAAGAGAUUGUGGCUAUCAGCUGUUCCUGGUGCAAACAGGCGUUUCACAAUAAGGUGACCUGCUUCAUGCUGCAUCACAUUGAAGAACCCUGCUCCCUGGGGGCUCAUGCUGCUGUCAUUGUCCCGCCCACCUGGAUCAUUAAGGUGAAGAAACCUCAGAACUCACUGAAGGCUUCAAAUCGGAAGAAGAAGAGAACAAGCUUUAAAAGAAAAGCCAGUAAAAGAGGAACCGAACAGGAAAACAAAGGUCGACCUUUUGUGAUAAAACCUAUCUCUUCUCCUCUCAUGAAGCCCUUGCUUGUGUUUGUGAACCCCAAGAGCGGAGGCAACCAGGGAACCAAAGUCCUGCAGAUGUUCAUGUGGUACCUGAAUCCACGACAGGUCUUUGAUCUAUCUCAGGAAGGGCCAAAAGAUGCGCUUGAGUUAUAUAGGAAGGUACCAAAUCUACGAAUUCUGGCCUGUGGCGGGGAUGGAACGGUGGGCUGGAUCCUUUCUAUUCUGGAUGAACUGCAGCUGAGCCCUCAGCCUCCUGUCGGGGUCCUUCCACUGGGAACUGGGAAUGACCUGGCUCGAACUCUCAACUGGGGAGGGGGCUACACUGAUGAACCUGUUUCGAAGAUCCUUUGCCAAGUCGAAGAUGGGACAAUUGUACAGCUGGAUCGCUGGAACCUCCACGUGGAAAGAAACCCAGACUUGCCUCCAGAAGAACUUGAAGAUGGUGUGUGUAAGCUUCCUCUGAAUGUUUUCAAUAAUUACUUCAGCCUUGGAUUUGAUGCCCACGUCACACUGGAGUUCCAUGAAUCCAGAGAAGCAAAUCCAGAGAAAUUCAACAGUCGUUUUCGAAAUAAAAUGUUCUAUGCAGGGGCAGCUUUUUCUGAUUUCCUACAGAGAAGCUCUAGAGAUCUUUCCAAACAUGUUAAAGUUGUUUGUGAUGGAACAGAUCUCACUCCAAAGAUUCAGGAACUGAAGUUCCAGUGUAUAGUAUUUUUAAAUAUACCCAGAUAUUGUGCUGGCACAAUGCCCUGGGGGAACCCAGGAGAUCACCAUGAUUUUGAACCUCAGCGUCAUGAUGAUGGUUAUAUUGAAGUAAUUGGAUUCACUAUGGCCUCUUUGGCUGCCCUGCAAGUUGGGGGCCAUGGGGAAAGGCUACACCAGUGUCGGGAGGUCGUGCUGCUCACUUACAAACCCAUCCCCAUGCAAGUGGAUGGGGAGCCCUGUAGGUUGGCCCCAGCUAUGAUUCGGAUCUCCUUGAGGAAUCAAGCCAACAUGGUGCAGAAGAGCAAGAGGAGAACAUCCAUGCCUUUACUCAAUGAUAUCCAUCAGGUGCCAGCUGCCGACCUGCGGAGAGUAUCUGCUCCCCCUGGCUCCUUCACCACUCCCCAAUCUGUCCCAGACCGCCUGAGGAUCCGGGUGAACAAAAUCAGUUUACAAGACUAUGAAGGAUUCCACUAUGACAAAGAGAAACUUCGGGAAGCUUCUAUCCCUCUGGGUAUUCUAGUUGUGCGUGGAGACUGUGACUUGGAGACUUGCCGUAUGUACAUAGAUCGCCUACAGGAGGACCUGCAGUCAGUUUCUUCUGGCUCCCAGAGAGUUCAUUACCAGGACCACGAAACCUCCUUUCCCAGGGCGCUCUCAGCCCAGAGACUUUCCCCGCGGUGGUGCUUUCUAGAUGCAACUUCUGCUGAUCGCUUUUACCGAAUAGACAGAUCUCAGGAACAUUUGCACUUUGUGAUGGAGAUUUCCCAAGAUGAGAUUUUUAUUCUGGACCCCGAUAUGGUAUUGUCACAGCAGGCAGGGACACCUCCCGGAAUGCCUGACCUGGUGGUGGAGCAAGCCUCAGGAGUGGCAGACUGGUGGAACCCUGCCCUACGGAAACGCAUGCUGAGCGACAGCGGGCUGGGAAUGAUUACUCCGCAUUAUGAAGACUCAGAUUUGAGGGACCUCAGCCACUCCCGCGUGCUACAGUCACCAGUCUCUUCAGAAGAUCAUGCAAUUUUGCAGGCAGUAAUAGCUGGUGAUCUUAUGAAGCUAAUAGAAAGCUAUAAAAACGGAGGGAGUCUGCUAAUUCAGGGACCAGACCACUGUUCACUCCUUCACCAUGCAGCUAAAACCGGCAACGGGGAGAUUGUGAAAUAUAUCCUUGACCACGGACCUUCUGAGUUAUUGGAUAUGGCAGACAGCGAAACGGGUGAGACCGCACUGCACAAGGCUGCCUGCCAGCGGAACCGGGCUGUGUGCCAGCUUCUGGUGGAUGCGGGAGCAUCUCUGAGAAAGACGGACUCCAAGGGUAAGACACCUCAAGAGAGAGCACAGCAAGCUGGAGACCCAGAUUUGGCUGCUUACCUAGAAAGCCGCCAGAACUAUAAGAUCAUUGGCCACGAGGACCUGGAAACUGCUGUUUGACCCUGGUAGAUCACAAAGAGAACUUGAGCGAGCAUAUCACCUAUGCCCUCCCGGCGAUCGGGCAGCUCCCCUGGAAGAAGCUGAUGGAAUCCAUAAAUCUGUCUCUCUCCUGCAAGAAUCAAUCUGAUACCAUGUCACCAGUUGUUAAGGGCUACCAAGACGUCCAACAGAACAUGAUAGCCCACCGAGGAAGAGGCAGGAUACCUGGAGAUUUGUGGAAUACAAGUUCCACGAAAUUUGAUCCUUAUUGCUUCCAGCAAGUAGCAUGAACUUCUGUGUUCACCUGUAUAAUUUAUUUUCAAGAUUCAAAGGAUGUUCGUAUACAUGGCACUGCUCCCGCCUCCCCCUGUGCAUUCAUGACUCCCCUGUACCACACAAUUCUACUGUAACUACUCACCGUUCGAAAAAUAUGAUCUGUUCUCUUUACAUUCAGUCUUUGAAGACCACAAGACCAUCUGAAGGUCUUUGAAAACCCUCUGGAUGUCCUGCAGAAACACAACUGUAAAGCUGCUUCCAUUUCCCAGAUGAAAUAUACCAAGACUAUUAGUGACUUUUUGCAUGUUCCCUCCCUCCCACCCAACCACCCACCCAACCCC